AUAUUUAGUUACUAUAUUAUUUUUAAUCAAGAAUUACGCAUUUUCGAGAAAACUGUCUGAUAUAGACUUUAUUUAAUUUUGAUACGUCCCAUCUGCGGUCGUUUCGCACCCGCGGGCGAAUCGAGGCAGAUGCGAAUUGAACAGUGUGCACGUUUGUGGGAAAAUGCGUCAGCGCAAAAGCGCGAAAAUGUGGUUGAUGGAAAAUGAGAUCGCGAUAAAGUUUUACGCGGUGCUUGAAAGAUUUCCGCGCGACACGCUGGAAAAUCUAACUGCAUAUUUUGCAAGACGGAACGUCGGAAGUGUACGUUAAGGCAUAUCUCCGGUAUAUCUCCUGGGUGGCAUUCGCGUGUCGUCGUCGUCGUCGUUAUCGCGUCGCUGUGCGCCUUGCCGCUUUUAUUUUUUUGCCACUUUUAUUGGCGGAAGUGUCGAGCGCCCGCAAAAUUCAUUCCCGUAUGAUUUGCGAAUGAGGCGUAAAGUCCCGCACGGCAAUUUUAAAUAUACAAGCGAUCACGGAUGCAGCACCGCCGCGUGGGUGGUAUAUUCUCUCACGUUUAGAAUCUCGACCGCGUCUAUUCGGAGCGGAAGCACGUUAAUAUUCUAACAAAUGGAUUAAGUGGCAGAUUUGCAUAAUACAGCACGGUACGUUUUAUACGGUCUCCUUGGAAUAAAAUCUGUUUUAUUCCGUGGGCAGUAAAAGAAUUAUGAUUGGUUGAUAAAAGGUCUUGGAUGAUAAGUAUUUUUAAAAUUCACUUUUCAAUGCACAAUGUCGCUUAAUAUUGAGGUUUAAUUUUAAGUUUGGUGUCUUUAGUCUUAUCCACUUUUAUAUCAAAGAAUUUAUAAUUAUUUUUUAUUGUUUAAACGAUUAUCUUUCACAAUGCUUAGAGCUGUUGAUGUCUUAAGAAAAUUUAAGUAACGUGUUUUCCAACAUAAAUUAAUUAGUUUUGUCCUUUGUCUUUCUUUCAUUUAUGAAAAUGAUAUUAUAUUACAUUUUCUCCUUUGAAGCAAGAAACUUGCGAAAAUGUGGAAAAUCUUUUUAAAUCUUCGCGAAUUUAUUAAUACAUUCUUCAUCUACUGAGAUGGCGCGUAUAAUUCGUAUUUUUAAAAUUAAUUUACGCCAAGAUAUAUAUUGCCGCAAAACUAAUGAAAUGCAAUGCCUUCGUGCUGCAUUCAUUUAUUUCAAUGCUAAUGAAAGAUUCGCAAUAAGGUCGUUUAUUUGAAGUACGGCGUGAACUUUGCGUAAAAGUCGAUAUAUCUACAUGAAAACGGAUGUCUCGUAAUUAUUGGUUAAAAAUUAUCGGUUAAACAUUUGCUAAAUUAAAUAGCAGCCCGACGUAUUAUAAUCCACCGUCGACGUAGCAAUUAAUAACGGGGAAUUGUAAGUAACGUCGACGGCCCAUCUCUCCGAAGCUACGGUUGAUAAAGUUUCACAGUAUUCUCCGCCGGUGUGCCAUCCGGAAGGACGGAGCUCUUCCCAAGAUUAAAAAUCUCACACUACUUGAAGCCGGCGUGGUAUAUACUUUACAUCGCUUUACACGAAAUAGAGGACGCAGCAGCACGAGCGGCGCGGCGUUUCUCCAACGCCCAGAGAAAACAUCUCUCCCGUCGUUACCCGUCGGUGACGCGUUCGCCAUUCGGUUAUAUUCAAUUGGAUCGGGUCGGUGUUGUCGCACAGACCAUUCGAGUGCGACCCGAGGGUUUCGAGGGGUCCCAGGUUAGAAUGUACAACCGGAACGCCUCACUUUGUACAAUCCUCUGUAUCCGGCAAAUGAUCGAAGCGGAUGGAAAAAGACCUCAGCUCCUCCCGCUAAUUAAGUUACGAGAUGCGCUUCUGGCCAGCCGUAGCGCCCCUUACUCUUCUCCGCCCCGAAACCGGAAACGAGCUGCCGCGGAUUAUUUCCGCGAGGCGAAAUGUAGGGCGAAGUCCCGAUAAUUAACGCGCAAGCCAGUUACGGCGUACCAUCCCCCGAAAUAAACAUCAAUCAACGGCGAGUGUUAACUUAUUAGGGUAAAAGAUUACGUCACGACGUCCGGCUGCGGUGACUCGCUGGCGCACGUGAUAAUGACACGAUGUCCGGCUUUGUAUUUUCAACGUGGAGUUAAAGCGCUCCACGGUAUCUGGGCCCUUGUAGAAAGAAAAUUAAUGACGACGCCCGCGCGCUCGCGCGCCGUUAAAGAUAAAAUAUUCCUCUCUAUCUGUCCCGUAUGUAACAUCGCCGUCCAGGUGCUCCUAUAAUUUUAGAUUGCUCGGUUUAGUCUGCAAACGCCGCGCGACUGCUUCCGACGACCGUGAGUGCAAAUUCAAUCGUCACGUGCGACGGAGAUCGUCGCGGUAAAAUUUCCGGAAAAAUUCCGGUGCUUCCGUCCGACCUCGUUCCCUCGUGAAAACCGUUACUGUCCCUGCAAAUGCAAAAAGCCGUCGCGUCUGAAUUAUUCCGCACCUUAUGCGGAGUGAUUUAAGGUGCAAAGGUCUAGCUGAAAAUAGGUACGUUAUAACGACGAAGACCGAUAAGAUAUUUACACUUUAUCGAUCUUAUAAUUAAUGACAAGUCAAGAUGACUGGUAAAUUGUGGACGAUUGCAUCAACUCAUCUCUUACGAGAAAAAUCAUCUUCGUAGAACGUACGAACAUCAUGGAUUUUCUCUCUUCAAUGGGAGAAUCUGGGAGCCGGUUAAAAUGUAAAUUAGUCGUACCGCACGAUCCGCGAAUUGCUCGAUUUCUCCCUUUAAAGGGAGCACUUAGGGUCGAUCGACCGGUUGUAAAAGCGGAUGGCAACAACGGCAGCGUCAAUGUAGCGCUACCCGCGGGGUUACAGCGUUACGUUGGAUUAGCGAGAGAUUUAUGCCCAGUCAGAUUAAUACCAAAAGCUGCCCCGGAACGGAUAAGCUUUGCACCUCUACGUCACGGAAGAUACUUCAACCGAGAUACAUUUGUACUCGCGCCGCACGCGGAAAAACUGGAUUUCAAAGCGUAAAAAAGGUUCAGGCAGUUUAUUUUCCGCGUCCCCAAAAAUUUGCUCCGCGCUUUUCGCAGCGCGUGUCAAAAAUGUUUUCGACGUUGACGUCGCCCGCGUCUAUCAUUUAUUACAGGUUGUAAUGGCGUUAUUCGUACAUAAAAAUAUCGAACGCGUUUCCAUUAUCUUUUUACACGACGUUAUGUGUACAAGUGUGCAAUGAAAGAAAUAUAUCGGACAUACGAUGUAA